GGAGGCACUUGCAUUCAACGAGACUACCUACUGCCGUUUCACCGUGAACAGUUCUGAUACGGACUUCAAGGGUUACACACAGCUAGACCUACAUGGUGUGGGUAAAAUGCCACGGCUGAUUCCCGACAUUGGUGGAGAGGGUGCAUCUGACGCCGUGCAUUUCGGUACAAACCUGCAGACUCUUCACUUUGGUGAUGUGAACGUUGACACUGAGUGUAUCAAGUACAUGCAGUUACGCAAUACCACACCGGUCUUGACAUCGUACCAGCUGGCUUGGUCAGAUGGCAAGAGCUGUGAUGGCGCUAGUGUGUUCAACGUUCCUACCUCUCUAGUCAGUGGCAGCGUAGAGGCAAUGACAAGCAUCAGAAUACCGGUGCAAUGUCGACCACAGCGUGUGGGUAUGACCGGCUGUCACACACUGAUCCUGAACACUGUGGGUCAUACAGAACAGCAGAGAAUACAGUGUACAGUCAAUGCUAUAGGUCCCAAAGUCCAGCCAUCCGUCAGCCACGUUGCCUUCCCCUGCCAGCCUGUUGGGCAGCAGCUGAUCAAAACCUUCACAUUGCGCAACACAUCCUCAGCACCGGGGAUUUUUGAGUUCACUCCACCGUGUGCUGAAAUAUUCCAAGUUAUCCCGCAACGAGGUGUGGUUGAUGGCCAUUCGCAGACUAUUGUCCAAGUUGUGUUCCGGCCAAGCAAAGCGUUCUGCUUUAGUCGCCUUCUUACCUGUAUGGUACAUCAUCAGGAACCAAUCUUCAUCAACCUGAUUGGGACAGGGUAUACAGAACAAGUCAGACCUGUCGAGUUGCUGCCGAUUCACUUGGAGCAGAUGAGGUCUCGUCUUCUCGACGGCUUAGCAGGUCUAGGUCCAGAGACUCUGCACCAGCUGGUUAUUGCCAAGAAGCUGAAACCCAGAGUGGAGCAGCGACUGGAUAUUAUCAAUAGCGAGGGCAUUCCACUACACACUCCGUCACAAUCUAUCGCCAGGCUAACUGCUAGUAACUUUAUCACUCACGCUCAUCAUAGUAGCUACUGUUUGACCGGUGUGGACCGAUGGCAUAUUGACUUUGGUGCAGUGACCACAGCAGUAUCAGAGGCUGAGCCACUGACGUUAGUGAAUACAACAAGCAGUGCCAUUGUGGUGCAGUGGAUCACAGAGCCCGGAUGUCUGUUCUCUAUCAAGCCAGCAGCACGUGCAGUAGAGCCCAAGGAGAGUUGCUACUUCCAUGUCAAGUUUGAACCGGGUCGUGAUGCCAAGUCUCGUCUUCACAGCAGCACACUGGAGUGUUUCUGCAUGUACAGGGCAAUGCUGGACCAGGACAGGGUGAAGCAACCGUUCCACGCGAUGGGUUGGAGCUUUGCUGUCACCGUCACAGCUCACGCGUUCAAGUUCAAGGAGGAGAUAUCCCGCGCUGUUCUGAAAGCCGACCAUGAUAGUGUUGUGAGUGUGACCCCCACGGUAGUCGGUAAGCCGGCACACGGUACUGUGUUAGUAGAGAACACUGGCAGUGUACCAGCACAGUUCACCCUGCCUUACACACCUGCCCAGCCCAUCACCGUGUGGCCCUCUGCCGGUACCGUACAACCUGGACAAUACAAGGUACUAAUGGUGAGAGCGGUGCCACACAAGGACGAGUGGUCAUCAGUCGGUAUCAACAUGACGGUCAACCACCACUUAAGUCAGGAGUUGACGGUUGUGACAUCUGCAGAACGGCCCCAUCUGGAGAUCGAGUCGCAGAACAAAUUCUGUCACUUCUCAACCGUUUGUUGUGGACACAUUGGUGAGAGGCAAGUGCAGGUCACCAACACGACAUCAGCACCCAUAUUUUUCCACUGGGCCAUUGAGCUGGAUCAGAACUUCACAUUCUCGACUGAGCCCGAGGAAGGCUACAUAGCACCUCACGAGACACAGACACAUCAUUUCUUCAACCUACCCCGUGGUGAAGGCCGUGCGCUUGUCACCGCUACCCUGGAGUACUGCAGUGCUGUCACACCGGCUAGCAGAGAGGAUGGCGUUGUCGAGGCGGACCAGCACCACAACGAGGCCUAUCGUGAUGACGUCACGCUGGUUGCCACGGCGAUUAUGCCGAAGCUGGAGGCUGAGUAUGUCAUGCCGAAGUCAGGUCAUAUCGUGGUUAACAAUGGGAGUCGGCACCAGGUUCGUGUUCGCAACGAUCAUUGUGCCGCUCUUGUUCCAUUUAGACUGGUUUUCUCCACACCUGAGCACAUCAAGGUGGAUGUGAGCCCGGCAGUUGCCCAGUUAGCCCCGGGCACACAGACCACAUUCACCGUAUCAAUCUGGGCCAUGGAGAAGGGCAAGGCUACGGUGGAUGUGUACGCCGUCUUCAUCGACGACCUAGGAGAGCCACUGGAUAGCGUUGCUCCACAGAUGUUAUGCAGUAUGAAGACAAAGGCGGUGUAUCCACACCUGCAAGUCACUAACGUCGCUGGAACCGGCAGUGCGGAGCGAGUGGAGAAACGGAGGCUCUGGCAAAUGACAGGCGUCGAAGAGUUGAACAAGUUAGUGAAGAAGAAACCGACGGCCGGAGAGCGUGCUCACGACACUGUCACGCGUACCAGCACUCGUAUCAGCAGAGCGUUCAGUACCCCAGCCAAUGUUGUACUCAACCUAGGCACUGCACUGUAUGCAUCACAACCCAGUACUGUGUAUUGGCAAGUGGAGAACACUACUCUCGUCGAGUGUUACUGGCAAAUUGCAUACCCUACAGACAUGCAGUUGGAGGUGGACAGCUGGGCAGAGGAGCUUCUCUCGUCGUCCGAAGCGCAGACCUUUCAUUACCUAAAGAGCGGAACGUUUGCAGUCUCGCCGAAAAGUGGUUGUCUCCUGCCCGGCCAAAGCUCCAUCAUCAAAUUCAAAUAUGAGCAUCAUAUUGUUGGCGAAAAUAUGAUGGAUGUUGUGCUGAAGAUCAGAGAGGGUCGUGAGGUCAAGCUUGAAUUACGUGGUGUCACUGUACCGGAAGGAACACCCUAUCCGAUGUGGCCAUCUCGAUCACACACCUUCCAGCCGGUAGCAGUGCGAUGCAAGUCGCCACCGAUACAGCCGUUCACUCUGUACAAUGAUGGAACUAGCGACAUCCGCUACACUGUGGAUGAGACACUCAUAACUCGUCUCAAUCAGGUGUGUGCGGGUCAUUCCCCACUCACGUGUCGUAACCCUUGCGGAGUCAUCCCCGCUAUGGGCUGUGUCGAUGUCCAGUUUGUGUUCAGCCCACGGUCGGUCAACAGCUAUAAGUUUGAGAUCGGCAUAUCCACGCACAAUAGCAGCGGCCGUAUCCAUGACGACGAUGACGACAGCACAUCCACUCAGCACAUCACGCUGUAUGGUUCCAGUUUCGACUAUCCCGUCAGGAACGAGAAAGAGCGCGUGGAGCUGGCUGCGGCUAUCGGCAAGGACUUGUUCAAAGUGCAAUCUCGUCCUCUGAGCAGCAUCUCCAAGGUUGCGUCACUCAGCAAUGACGUAAUGGUGCUGGGUGCUUUCCCCAUCGUCGCCAAGGCAACACAGCCAGUGUGGAUCAACAGUGCACAACUGUCACAUGACCAGAGAUUCACGUGGCACGUCCCAGACACUCUCAAAGACCAGGUUACAAUAAUUCCAGCGACGGGUGUGGUAGGAGCCGAACAAUCGGUCAUGUGUCAGUUUGAGGUGAUCUGUCAGGAUGUGAAGGUCAUCGAAACGGAUGUAACUUGCGAGCUGGUUGACGUGCAAGCAGAUGCACAGUACGAGAAGGACUUAUCUGAAUGGAAGCUAUCGCGCCUCGAAGACACCGUCCAUUUCACAAUCACAGAGAAGGACAUGAUGGCUGAGGAUGCACGGCGCAAUGCGGCCAGCACUACUCUGACUACACUUGGUCACCAUGGUGAUAUGGCAGUGAAGCUGGACGGCACAACACGAUGGCCCACAGGCAGAACAACCAUACACAGAGCUAGCAAACAGUAUACUUAUAAGUCCUUGCCACCAGCUAUUCCUGUCUAUGGUCAGAAGGUACCUGAUCAAUACGAAUCAUGGAAGAAGAGUGACAUGUCGACAAGGUCCACGUCCCGACCGAGGAAACAGCAAGUGGCCGGCAAAGCUCUGAGGCCAACACCACCGAGAUCCACAGUGCUGCAUUUGUUUGUGACGGGACGGUCAUACUUACAAGAUGAUUUCAGCAGCUUGUUCCCAAGUCUUGCGUCAUCUUAUCCAUCAGCAAGAGCUGACGACGUGCCUCAGGUCAGUGACAUUGCCGAUGAGACGAUCGUUACCGACAAGCGGAAUGACAUCGUAGUGGCCAAAUUCUCGCAGCACAUUGCCAACAAACUUCUCCAGGACCUGCUGGAGAGCCAGGAUUUCCAGAGCAGCCUGGCGGAGGUGGCAGAUGCCCCCGUGUGCGACAUUGACAACGUUUUGAGUGGAGCGCUGGCUGUUGCUGCUGCUGAUGCUGAUGCUGCUGCUGAUGCUGCUGCUGCUGCUGCUGCUGAUGCUGCAACUGAUGCUGCUGCUGAUGCUGGUGCUUCAGCUGACAGACGCAAGUCGCUCAAACCCUCCGCUCGCCAGCAAGCACGCGUGCCAUUACCAACUGGAAAGUCGUCUACGACUACGGAGACCGAGAGCAGCUUGGAGAGUGAAUACGAACAGAAGAUUCGAAAGCAUAUGCGUCGCUGGGGGUGGUCGAGCAUGGAGUAUUAUCAGAAAUACCGAAAUGUGCUGAAAUCCAAACUAAAAAACCGCGAGUUGUAUGACGAGGAUGAAUUGGACUCGAUGGAUUCGAGCUUCUUCUUCGACUCCGAACCGAACACGUAUUCGAGCAUGACGCCGUACAGAGAGACGGCGGCGGUGUCUGAGCCGUCAUCACCGCAGAGCGAGUGCACAGAGGAGCCCAGCCAGAGUGCAGUAAUGCGCAAGCUGCGGCAAGUGGGCGGUGGUGUUGGUGGUCGUGUUGGUCAAGCCGAUGACCAUGAGCUUUGGAAGCAGCUGUCGGCAGUUGUGGCGGACAUUGUGGACGAGGUGACAGUCAGCAUCACGAACACCUGCUUGAAGGACCUUGCUGAGGAGGGCUUGCGUCCACAAUCAUAGCUUGCCCGAAUGCACUUUCCCGUGGUGCUUUCACCGCUUCAAAGAUCGGCGUGUGCACUCGUUUGUAUUCCUUUGCUGAGGCGAUGACUACGGUGUCUAAGAAUCAUCAAUGUAACUGCGUCAAGAUAUCCGUUAUGGUGGAGACGUGGCUUCAGUGGCUAACAUCACCAAUAACUACGUUGAGGUAGCCAUCAUGGUGGAGACAUGCUUGCAUUGGCCAGCAUCACCCGGUGUAAGCAAUAACACAACAUAUCAUAACCCUCGGUCGACUUUAGGGCGCAUGGUGGAGGAGAGUUUUAUGUAUUUUAUCAUAUCCAUUUACAUAUAUAGUAGCCUGCGAGGGCUCGUAGAACCAGGACCAGUCUACACAAUGUCAUGAUCCAGGACUUCUACUUCAUUUCUCCUAUGACUUGACUUGGGCCCUCUCCACGUACAUGUAGCUCUAGGCACUUGGCUCAUCUCUCCAUGAAUUGUUCGCACUCUUCGUUUCCUAUUCCAUGUACUAUGCCAACGCAUCGUGUAAUUCUGCAAGGUAGAAACCAAGGCAGAUGUUUUGGUUGCUGGAUUUCUCUUUCAUAGCACAGAAUGAUAGCAUGGUUCCAUUCCUGUGCCCUCUCCUUGCUGUUGGUAUUCGUCAUCAUUAGUUUUAUCAUUAGUUUGUCUAGGAAAUGCUUGCACAUAUUCUAUGCAGAAUCCCUGGAUGCCAUUAUGCUGCGUAGAAAAAGUGAUAGGUAAUUGACUUGUUCUAGUAACUACUAGCAACCCUUGUUAGAGCAGACUGAUAGCUCCACUGAUAGCUAAGUGUUAGAGCAGACUGAUAGCUCCACUGCUAGUUAAGUAGUUGACAUGUAUACUAGUGUCUCGGCUGGUGUUAUGUUUGGGCCAAAUGAUGACUUCAGUUCAGAGUGUG